UGCAGCGAGCUGAACAGGAGCCUUCAUCUGCCGUCUCCCAGAAGUGCGUGGGGGUAACGGGACCGCUAAGCGGAGCGACCCUGGCCUCGGGCUACUGAUCGCCGUGGACAAGCAGACCGGGCCUGGCCCCUACUCGCUGAGCCCGGGACUCGGCAGGCUGGGGAGUGUGGAGCUGCCUCGUCUGCACCAUGAGGAGCUUCCAGGUGCUUUGUUUUCUGGGUGUCCUUCGUGCCGCCUGCGGCCUGCCGCACAUCAGGUGGUGCACCAUCUCCGUCGAGGAAAUGGCCAAGUGCAAUGACAUGAACUCAGCCUUCGCGGAGGCCAACAUCCUUCCCCGUCUGUCCUGUGUGAGGGGUGGCUCGGCCAGUAACUGCACCUACUUGAUCAAGAAUAACAUGGCAGACGCCGUGACGCUGGAUGGUGGCUCCAUCUACCAAGCGGGAAAGGAAUAUAACCUGAAACCUGUGGUGGGAGAAGUGUACGAUCAAGAGAUGGGCACGUCAUACUACGCGGUGGCCGUUACCAGAAAAGAUUCCUUCAUUACUAUCAACAGUUUGGAGGGUGCAAGGUCGUGCCACACUGGCAUCAACAGGACGGUGGGCUGGAACGUGCCCGUUGGCUACCUCAUCGACAGCGGCCGCCUGGCAGUGAUGGGAUGCAAUAUCCCCACAGCUGUUAGUGAAUAUUUCAAUGCAAGCUGUGUGCCUGGGGCCAAUGCUGCAAAUUACCCCAAAUCCCUCUGCCAACUCUGCAGAGGAGAUGGGCAGAGCAAGUGUGAGAGAAAUUCAGAUGAGCCCUAUUACGACUACAGUGGCGCCUUCAGGUGUCUGGCUGAAGGGGCAGGAAAUGUGGCCUUUGUGAAGCACAGCACGGUGUCCGAAAACACGGACGGCCAGACUCUGCCUUCCUGGUCCCAGCAGCUCCACUCCAGUGACUUCCAGCUCCUCUGCCGUGACGGCAGCACAGCUGAGGUCACUGAAUGGCGGAGCUGCCACCUGGCCCGUGUGCCGGCUCACGCUGUCGUUGUCAGACCUGACACUGAUGGGUCACGUGUCUUCCAGAUGCUCGACCAGGGGCAGCAAAGGUUCCGUGGCAAAGGCUCCAGCUUUCAGAUGUUUGACUCGGCAACCUACAGCGGGAAGAACCUCCUCUUCAAGGACUCCACCACGGCCCUGGUUCCCAUCACCAACCAGACCUACCAGGCUUGGCUAGGGGAGGAGUACCUACAUGCCAUGCAGGGCCUGGGCUGUGAUCCCAGCAGGUUGCCAGAGAGCCUGCGUUGGUGUGUUGUGUCCACAGAGGAGAUCUGGAAGUGUGGCAAAAUGGCUGAUGCCUUUAAGAAAAAGAACUUGAAACCAGAGAUCCAGUGCGUCUCAGCCGGGACCAAAGAGCAGUGUAUGGAAAUGGUCCAGAAAAAGGAGAGUGAUGCUGUAACUCUGGGUGGAGCUGAUAUUUAUACUGCUGGGAAGACAUAUGGCCUGGUGCCAGCUGCAGGGGAAAGUUACUCUGCUGACGACAGCAGCAGCGCGUACUACGCCGUGGCGCUAGUGAAACGGAACGCUUCCAGCGCCUUGGCCUUCAGUGACCUGAACGGGAAAAAGUCCUGUCACACGGGGUAUGGGAGAAUGGCUGGAUGGAGCAUUCCCAUUGGCCUGCUUAUUAAAAGGGGCUUUAUUAAGCCCAAGGACUGUAACCUUCCUCAAGCUGUGAGUGACUUUUUCUCUGCUAGCUGUGUGCCUUCAGCUAAUAGGGACAAUUAUCCAUCAAAACUGUGCGAGCUCUGCAUUGGAGAUGGCAAUGGCAACAACAAGUGUGCUGCAACUAGCCAGGAACGUUAUUAUAGCUACAGUGGAGCCUUCAGGUGCCUGGUGGAGGAUUCUGGGGAUGUGGCCUUUGUCAAGCACUCAACUGUUUUUGAGAACACAGAUGGUAAGAGUCAUGAUCCCUGGGCCCUUCACCUGAAAUCCAGUAAUUUCCAGUUACUGUGUCCAAAUGGAGCCCGUGCAGAAGUCACUCAGUAUGCCCAGUGCCAUUUGGGGCAGGUGCCUGCUCAGGCUGUCAUGGUCCAUGCAGACACCAACAUUUUUGCUGUAUAUGGACUCUUGGACAAAGCUCAGGAUUUCUUUGGAAAUGACAGCAAUGGAAAUGGAUUCAAAAUGUUUGAUUCCAUGGAUUUCUCAGGAACAGACUUGCUCUUUAAGGAUUCUACUGUUAAGACUGUGCCAGUAAGAGAGAAAAGGACAUAUAGAGAAUGGCUGGGGAAGGAAUAUUUAGAGGCCUUGGAAGGGAUGCAGUCACUCCAGUGUUCUGCAGAAGCUGCAAUACCUGUGAACAGUGUUGUGCUGCUGGCGGCCAGUGCCCUCCUACUCGGAGUCUGCUCCUCAUGAUCUCGAAGCUGUUCCUUGGAUCAACAGACACUCAACAAACUAAAACAAACCAAUGGUAAAAAAAACAAUUUAAAAGACUUAAACGAGCCUUGCUAAACACAGGAGAGAAGCGUGUGGGGAGCAGCUAUGUUUUUCAGGCCUCUUCCUGGUGAUCUGAUACAUCCAUAAAGAAAGUGGAAAAUCCCGGAGGGGGUUGGGGAAGAAAGUUGCAGCUUGGUGUCUCCCCAAUACUCCCUACAUGUGCUUCUGUGCCUUUUUAUACUUUCCUUUUGCUUUGAUUUUUCCCCUGCCUGGUACUAGUGCCACAGGCAAAGGGAGCAUACAUACAAUCCUGCUGUUGCGUGGUCCUAAAACAGGUCCUGAGGCUUCUCUGAUGCCCACAGUUGUGAAUAAUUUCUGUCAAAGGCACGCUCAGGCCUUAAUCCAAACCUUUACAAAUUGUACAGGGACCUUUUCUCUGCUGGAAGGGGGGUAAAGGUCUAUCCCAGAGACCUGAUGGUGUUUUUCUAUUCGUUCAGAACAAGGGCUUCCUUGAACGGGCGAUAACUCCUGCCUAUGAAUAAACCCUGUGCAGUUUCUUGAAGAACUAAAUUGCAGGUUAGAUCUUUGCAGAAUAGGAGAAAGCUGCCUUCCUAUCUUCACUUUCUUUCUCUAGGAAGAUUUUCCUUCUCUCUGGUCCACAUUUACCUGUGGAAGCAUUUCCUCGGUAAUGCACUGAGAAGUCCCUGCAGUCUUGCCAGCACUAGCCCCACUGACUUCCUAGGACCAGUGUGUCCCCAGCCUUAUUCAUUGCUGGCUGGACAAUACCAUGGUUCAAGACUACUGCUGUCUUUUUGUUGUCAUCUUUAUAGCUCCUGGCACCUUCGGUUAGCUUUCUAGGGCUGUGCUGUGUCAGUCACUAGAUGGAGAUGGUAAAAUUGUUAACAAUAAAGGGAAAACAUGACCAGGAUGAAG